AUGUUGAUUUGGUGUCAGAUUGAUCACAUCAAGGAGGUUUUGUGUCAGGGUGUACUCUUCAUAGUUCUUUGUGAGCUUUCUCACAUAAAAAGCUUUUUCUAUUUGCAGGUAAUCUCUAAGGAUAGUGGUCCUCCGUUGAAACAGAAUUAUCCAGCAUCUGCAGUCAUGCAUGCUGCUACAAGUACUGGUGUAUACUGCGUAUUAACAAAAGGCAGUGGGGAAACAGGGAAGCUGCAGAAGGCACGCUCCCUGGGAAAGGAAAGAAGUGAAGAUAUCAUGGCUGUGGUCAGACAAAAUGGUAAUGCAAGAGGAAACUCACAAGUUGAUAAUCAUAAGGAAAGAAGAGAUUCAUUUCCAGUAAGUGGCCACUGCAGCAAUGCAAGUAGCAGAAACCAAAAUGCUGCAGAGGUAGAAGAGUCCUUGGGAAGAUUAAGAGGAGCUGCCAGAAGGGAAAUUAGCACUAGUGACCAAGAGGCGUUGGACAACUCUGAAAAAAGGCCAAAAGGAGGUAAUUUGUCUUCUAAUCUACCACACAGUAGCACUGCAGAAAAUUCAUUUGAGAACCAUUGCGACCACGAAGAUCAGAGGAGUUUAAUUCAGAAGCAAAGACCGCCGUUAGUCUCAAAAGCUUCACUCCCUCAGUGGACUGAUGAACAGCUCAAUGAACUUUUUGCCAUCGACUAUGAGGAUGAUGACUCUCUAUUUUAAUAUGGCAAUUAGAUUACGAUUUCACUCAGAUAGAAUGCUCUUAAAAAUUUUGCAGAGGUUGCAAAUGAGUUUUUCCUCCAUUCCGUUCGUAAGAAGGCAUUAUUUGGUCUAUAUGCUGGCUGAAUACCCUGGAAAUCAAGUUUGGCUUUUCAGGAUGUUGUGAAGAAAAAAGAACUUAAUUAACCAUCCUGUAUUGUACAAUGGGUUUAUGUUGUGGCUUGUGGUCGCCUAUAAUCUUGGAAACCG